AUGACGUACGGCGUCGUGAGUCCCCUAAUGGUGAAGGGGUGUCGUGGUCGCUGCACACUCGUCUAUGAUCGAUUGAUUGACCCGUCAUGGAUCGAAUUAGAAUACGGUGCUGAACCGGAAGGAAUAUGUUCAAUACUGCUCAAAACCUUGUCGUACAUCUUGAUCGCGCUCACGUUUCCUUUCUCACUGGUGUUUUGCCUGAAGAUGGUGCAGGAGUACGAACGCGCAGUCAUCUUUCGGUUAGGACGUGUGCUGUACGGUGGCGCUAGAGGACCUGGCCUGUUCUUCAUCAUCCCGUGCAUCGACAACUACCAGAAAAUCGACUUGCGCACAGUGUCGUUUGAUGUGCCGCCGCAGGAGAUCCUGUCGAAGGACUCGGUGACGGUGGCGGUAGACGCUGUAGUGUACUCGCGGAUAUCAAACGCCGUCGUGUCGGUGGUAAACGUUGAGGACGCCUCACAUAGCACGAAGCUUCUGGCGCAGACGACGCUGCGCAAUAUUCUGGGUACGAGGACUCUUGCGGAAAUCCUGUCCGACCGAGAAGCGAUCUCUCAGCAAAUGCAGACUGCGCUGGACGAUGCGACCGAUCCAUGGGGCGUUAAGGUGGAACGAGUGGAAAUCAAGGACGUGAGGUUGCCCGUGCAGCUGCAGAGGGCGAUGGCCGCCGAAGCCGAGGCAGCACGAGAAGCCAGGGCGAAGGUCGGUCGGUUGGUCGACGUCGGACGGCACGACGGCAACUGGGUCGUGUCGUGCGCGAUCGCUGCUGACGGCGAACAGAAGGCGAGCAGGGCACUGAAGGACGCGGCGGUCAUCCUCAGCCAGUCGCCGGCCGCCCUUCAGCUGCGGUACCUUCAGACGCUGGUGACCAUAUCCGCCGAGAAGAACUCGACCAUCGUGUUUCCGCUGCCGAUGGAGUUGUUUUCGAUGUGCAGGUCGUUCCUGAGCCAUGCUGAGCGAACGGAAGUCAACACGUCUUCGGUACCGGAAUCGUUGUCGCUCUGA